AGAAACUACUAGUGUACCCCUAAAAUCAUACGAAUUAACUACAUUAACUUAUGGCACAAGACCAGCAUCCUUUAUAGCGGUUAGAUGCUUACACCAAUUAGCAGAAGACGAAAAAAAUGAAUUUCCAUUGGCGGCUAAAGUGGUAGUGGAGAAUUUUUAUAUGGAUGAUCUUUUAAUCGGUGCUGAAACUAUAGACGAGGUCAUGGAAAUAAAAAAGCAGGUAACUGAAUUGUUAAAGAAAGGAGGUUUUGAAUUACAUAAGUGGAAUAGUAAUAUCGGUAGACUGAAGAAAGAUACCGCAGAAGGACCGGUGAUAACUUUAGCAAAGAUCUUAAUGCAGAAUUUAUGGUCUUGGAGAGUGGGAUGGGAUGAUUCGGUACCCGUAAGCAUCCAAAACUCAUGGUCGAUGAUCAGAUCACAAUUAUCUACUCUAGAAUUGAUAGACAUAAAUAGGUUAAUGAUUGACACCAACGAGGUAGAUCAAAUCGAUUUGCACGGUUUCAGCGAUGCUAGUGAGCAGGCCUAUAGGGCUUGUAUUUAUAUAAGAUGCAGGAACUUAAAAGGAAAUUACCAUAUGGCCCUGGUUUGCUCUAAGUCAAGAGUCGCACCUUUGAAAGCCUUGUCAUUGCCUAGAUUAGAAUUAUCGGGUGCAUUGUUAUUAAUACGAUUAAUGAAUAAGGUGGUGGCUAGCUUGGGAGUGAAGGUGCAGAGGAAACACUAUUGGACCGACUCACAAAUUGUGUUGGUAUGGGAUAGGAUCACCAGCCAAAAGGUGGCAUACAUUUGUCGCUAA